UACAGUCACUCCACCGAAAUACAGGAAAUACCUUCCUCUAUUUUUCUUCCGUCAGUACUCUUGCUUUUACUGCGUUUGCCUCACUCAGGAAAAGGCAGCUCAACCACAGAGGGUGUGUGACUCUCUCUUAAAUUGACAGAAAGUGAUAGUAAAGACCUCUGAAGAUGGAAAAGGGAUACCCACCACAGGAUUCAGCUCCACCAUACCCUGGGCCGCCUGGCAACUACGGGGGUACAGUGCCAGGGAUGUACCCUCAGCCAGGCCUCUCGCCCGGAGCCCCUCCACCUGCUGCGUACCAGGGAGGUGUUGCUUAUGCUCCAUCCCCAGUUGCACCAACGGCAACAGUGACUCACAUGAUAGUAAGACCUGCACUUCAUGAAAUCCCGGGACAAACUGUGUGUCCCCACUGCCAGCAGACAGUCAUCACCAGGACUGAGCACACGCCCGGCCUGAUGACCUGGGCCAUCUGUGGUGGCCUCGCCCUCUUUGGGUGUUUUCUUUGCUGCUGUAUCCCGUUCUGCGUCGAUUCCUGUCAGGAUGUGCAGCAUAGCUGUCCUUCCUGCAACAGACCCAUCUACAUAUACAAGCGAAUGUAAACUGUGAAUGAGGGAGAAGUCCUAAAUGCUUAUAUGCUUAUUAUACUUGCUUUACAGUAUUCUUAUAAUACUGAUUAAAAUUACAAUACAAAAAGCACUUAUUCCAAUCCUGUAUUCACAUCUACACUGCCAUUUUGUGUCUCGUUUGUGCUGCAACCUGAAUGCUAAUGAUACAUGUAAUGAGGCAUCACAUUGCGUGGAGUUAUAUUCAGCUGUCUGUGAAACAUUUGUACACAUAUAAAUAAAUAAAUAUACCAAUAAAAAACAAAUAAAAAUCUUUUUUUUGCUGUC